AAGACUGUCAUCUUUGCCUUUAUAGUUUUCUGUUUUCUUCACGGAACAACCUGUUGGCCGCAAGGUCUGAAUAAGGAAGUCACCAAUUCCAUCCAGUUCCCUCGGAAUAUGACAGAGACCAAAAGUUUUAUUUCUCAACGAGUCAAGCGUCAAGUCUCUAGUGAUGCUUGUUGUGUGAAGAAGACGCUUAUCCACAAUGGACGAAUCACCUAUCAGUGUCAAAGUGAGCACCCUGAUUGUUUCGCUAUAUCUGAUCCCGGAAGCAAGUUAUUUGGGCAGUGUGAAACUGUGAGGAACAGUAAGAAAGUUGUAAUUGCUUGUCGAUGCGCCGCUAGAAUAUAGCCGGCUGAGAAAGUUAUACAUAUUUCUAUAGAAAUGUAAUUGAAUUUUUUUCCCCUACGAUUGAGAUAAAUCAUAUUAAAGUACUGUAAAAAUGCCAAUAAAAAGAAUUGUUAGGAAAAUAAGAAUAAAAUGAGAUCAUGAGAAAAAAAAAGACUUCAAAGACUCAUUGCUGUGUCGAUUACUUGUUCAUUGUCCAUAAUUAUGUUUGAACUCUUAUGGAAGAAAUCAAAGCCUCAUGAAAGUCUGAGAUAAUUAUGAGUUAAGAUGAACUGAACAGCGUGCGCAAUUCAUCAGUGUUCUCUUUUUCUUUAAAUUUUUUUGGGGCGAUAUUCCUCUUUUACUACAACUAACGAUAUAUAUAAGUUCACCAUGCUUUACAACAGAACAGAACACAGUCAAGGCUUUCUUUAUUUGUUAAAUAAAAUUUUAGGUAAGCAUAGAUAACUGGGUUGCAAGAUUUCUGACUCGGUAAGCUCUGGAUUCCAAUAUGUAGAAUCUUUCAGGGUUUUGCCAGCCGUCUGUCAAGCCAAGAAUGCAAGUAUUAUAUAAAUUUCAAGCUAAGCGCCUCGGCUAAGCACUGAGUGAGUAAGUGAGUGAGACAGAAAGUGUGAGGGUGAGCGAAUGAACGAGUGACUGUUCUUAUACCGAGAGGCCGCUCGCUUUGUUGUUAAAAUUUUCCAAAAAUAGUAAAUCCAACAUAGUGUCCGUUGCACUAAUAUAAGACACAAUGUCACUCCUUCUGAUUUUAUACUGACAACGUCUUCCGUGCAAAAUAAAUAUCUCACGAAAACAUGCCAACAAUCGUUAUAUAAAACCUGGUUUCUUCUCCUACUGCGAAAUAAAAAGAUAAAUUUAGGCCGAAGUGGAAAAUGCUUUAAGAAAGCAAACGAGACUAUAUAAAAUUAUGAAUGUUACAUUACGAAUUGAUUUCCAAGCGCUGGCCAAGCUAUAUGAAGAAGCACGUUCUUCUUCUUUGAUUUGACUUCCACUUUACUUAGAAGCUGAAAAGCUAAUAAUAACAAAAUCAGUCUAUCCGGUAAAAUCUUCAGCACAAGACGUGAUCUCUAAAGACCAGUAGGCUGAAACAUGGGAGGAAAAAAUUAUGUCUUUUUUUCUGUUUAAGUCGGACAUAUUGAGUGGCGGAUAUCACUGGUAUAAAUUUUACUAAAUUUGAAACUCUCACGUUAUAUCUCAAAAAUGCUUUUUUUUCUCACAUCUGACUCCACUUUACUUAUCCGACGUGCCUAUCUUGUAAUUUUUAUGCUACGUGCAUUCUCGGUUCAAUAGAGCGGGUAAAAUUUUUUAGCUACUAUAUACACUGAAUUCCAGAGCUCGUCAAUUCGGAAAUCUUGCGACUCAUGCUUGCAUUUCGUUAAAUGAUAUUAUGAAAUGGAAGAUGUUGCAGCUAAUACACCAUAGCUCUAUCGAAAUGUACAUCCCCAUACUACGUCAAUCUAAUUAAUGCGACUUUUGUUCUGCUAAUAAGUAUUGAAAAAACCUAGCCAUUUAAGUUACUUUAGUAUUGUAAGCAGUGAUCGUUCUUUGAUUAAAUUGUAAGUAAUGUUAUCAUCGAAAAUAACAGUAUUAUUGUAAAAAAACUUGUGGUUUUGAAAAACAGAGAAACUUUACCUUGUUGAUAGUCAUAAAGAUUUAUUUUGUUUUACGGGAACUCUUACCGACCGGAAAGGCUGUUUGUUGGUAUAUUCUGUUUUUUAACUGUUUAGUAAAGGAAAAUACAAACAAUGAAACUUGAAUUCAAAACGAAAACUGAAUUUGGUAUACGUGUAUGAUAACGUAUAUCAACCGAUGAAAUGGCCGCUUUUGAUUAAACUUUCUCUAGGAACUGAAUUACCCUGGAUUUAUUCCUUUACAAGUUUCAUGUUUGGGUCAGGAAAAGACCCAGUAUUAACUUGCUUUCCGUGACGUUCUGUAACGAUUGUCAACUAAUUUACGUCAAAAAUGUACCCUGAUUUUGUUAAGAAUAACGUUUGUUUAACCGGACGUCAAGUUUUUACUAAGUGGGGGACUUCUUGUCUCACUAUGGUGCCAUGGAUGGGAUAAUAGUUCCCUGAUUUGAUGAUGAAGUAUAUAAGGGCCACCUUUUUGGACAAGAACAUCAUUUCAUACUGACGCUUUAAAGAGAAGAAGUAUUUUUGCUGUACGUGGAAUAAUUCUGAACCGCACUAAAAUGAAUAACAAGGUAAGGUGUACUGAAGUUAGACUCCAAGAUGUCAUGUCGCCCUUGAACUUAUUUCAGAGUUUGAAAAAAAUGCUAUGAUUAUUACAACGUUUAUAAUGUCAGUUAUUCUGAUUUCAGUUCGUGUAGCUGAGAUGUUUUGAGGUGCCUUUUUUUUUCCUUUAAACUGCUUUCUUAUUGUAUUUUUUAAGUGAAGCAAGUAUACAGAAAGUAUGGUUAUAAGUAAGUAAAAAUACUCCCACAGCCAAGAAAUAUUUUAACAUUUUAAGUAAAUUCAAUGGCGAAACAGUACCGAUGAACCCCUACGGUUCCGUUUAAAUGCUUCAAUCCUCCAAAACUCGAGAUAAAAAUCGAGUUUGAAGAGAACUACAAAUUCUUAACCGAGCAUUUCCUUGUUUUCAGAAGACUCUCAUCUUUACCUUCGCUGUUUUCUGUUUUCUGUACGAAGCAACUUGUUGGCCGCAAGUUCUGAAUGACGAAGUUACCAACUACUCCCAGCCCUCUUGGAAUACGACAGAAACAAAAACUACAGGAAGAUCUAUAUUGCAACGCCUCAGGCGUCAAGUCUCUUUUGAUUCCUGUUGUGUGAAGAAGAGGCUUGUCUACAAUGGACGAAUUACUUAUCAGUGUCGGAGCGAGCAUCCUGAUUGUUUUAGUAAAUCUGACCCUACUAGUCCACUAUUUGGGCUGUGUGAAACUGUGAGAAACAACAAGAAAGUUGUGAUUUCUUGUCGGUGCGCCGCUAGAAUAUAG